AGGAAGCCACUUGGAUUCCACUGACUGGACGGACAGCAGUGUGCGGUGAGGUCAUGAGGAAGUCUUCGUGCUUAAACGAAGGGUUGCAGAACGUUGCCUUCAUUCAGUCAUCCGAGUACAUUUGAGUGUCCUGUGCUUGCGCCAACAUGAGUGACGGUCCUGUUGACUCAAGCACCCUCUGUCUCUUUGAUGUGGACGGUACGCUGACGCCUGCCCGACAGCCAGUUACUGCAGAUGUGGCAGAGUUCCUUCAGAAGCUAAGAAGUGAAGUUCGUGUAGGAGUGGUCGGUGGGUCUGACCUGGACAAGAUCAAAGAGCAACUCGGAACUGAUGUAAUUCAGAGAGUGGACUAUGUUUUUGCUGAGAAUGGACUUGUGGCCUACAGGCAUGGUCAACUGCACUCCAUUCAGUCCAUUCAAGCCCACAUGGGAGAGGAAUUAUUGCAAGACUUCAUCAACUUUUGUCUGAACUACAUGGCCACCAUUAAACUUCCAAGGAAGAGGGGCACCUUUAUUGAAUUUCGCAAUGGGAUGCUGAACGUGUCUCCGAUUGGGCGCAGCUGCACACCAGAGGAGAGGAAGGAGUUCUAUGAACUCGACCAGAAGGAGAAGAUUCGGGAGAAGUUUGUGUCUGUGUUGAGGGAGGAGUUCAAAGGAAAAGGCUUGUCCUUCUCCAUUGGAGGUCAGAUCAGCUUUGAUGUCUUUCCAGAUGGCUGGGAUAAAAGAUAUUGCCUGGGAAUUCUCGAGAAGGACAACUUCUCCACCAUUCACUUCUUUGGAGACAAAACCAAACCUGGGGGAAAUGACUAUGAGAUCUACAGCGACCCUCGAACCAUCGGGCAUGAAGUGUCUUGUCCAGAAGAGACCUUGCAGAAGUGCCAGCAACUGUUCUUCUGAGAAAUAAAUCAAGUGGAUUUUCUAUCACUGUCUAGCUAUAUGUAUACAUCAUGUCUCCAGCUCAUUCCAAUGUAACCAAGGUUCAACAGAUGUGCGUAAGAGAAAUGAACGCUCAAAGCAAACGUAGCUUUUAAUAAAUCAAUAGAUCAAUUUCAA